AAAGAACUAGAAAGAGAUCUCAUUCACAUUCACACCCAUUGGGACCGAGUAUUGAACGUUGCAUUCAGAUUGUUUUUAUGUGAUUUGUUUGACUGCAAAUUCAUUACUAAUUGAAAAUGUCGACUUUGGGAGUGGCGCUUUCCCUUCCUGGGCAGAGGACGUCCGGAGCACCUGUCAGGACACAAAACGUAAUGGCCGUUUCAACGAUUGCUAACAUUGUAAAGAGUUCACUUGGACCAGUUGGUCUUGAUAAAAUGCUAGUUGAUGACGUUGGUGAUGUGACUGUUACAAAUGAUGGAGCAACAAUUCUCAAGCUUCUUGAAGUUGAUCAUCCGGCAGCAAAAAUCUUGGUCGACCUUGCUCAACUCCAGGAUGAGGAAAUUGGUGAUGGAACAACCUCAGUUGUUAUCAUUGCUGCAGAACUUCUUAAAAAUGCUGAUGAACUUGUUAAACAAAAGAUUCAUCCAACUUCCAUUAUUAGUGGAUACAGGCUAGCAUGCAAGGAAGCACAAAAAUACAUUCAAGAACACCUUUGCAUCACUGUAGAAGAACUUGGAAAGGAUUGUAUUGUAAACACAGCAAAAACUUCCCUUGCAAGCAAAAUUAUUUCUAUCGACGAUGAUUUUUUUGCUAAUAUGGUCGUCGAUGCUGUUCAAGCUGUCAAAGUAACCGACAGCAAAGGAAAGGCAGUAUAUCCGAUCAAAGCCAUAAACAUCCUGAAAGCUCAUGGUGGACAAGUGAGCGAAAGUAUACUUGUCAAAGGCUAUGCUCUUAACUGCAGAAUUGCCAGCAUGGGUAUGGUCGAUAGGGUGGAAAAUGCCAAGGUUGCCUGUUUAGAUUUUUCUCUACAAAAAACAAAAAUGAAACUCGGUGUAGAGGUUCUUGUCACAGAUGUUGAACAGUUGGAAGGUAUUAGAGACAGAGAAUCUGAUAUUACCAGGGAUAGAAUUUUGAAAAUCCUUGAUGCAGGAGCAAAUGUCGUUCUACUUUCCGGUGGAAUUGAUGAUACUUAUCUAAAGCUUUUUAUUGAAAGAGGAGCUAUGGCUGUAAGAAGAGUAAAGAAACAAGACUUGAAACGAAUUGCCAAAGCGACCGGUGCUAGUUUCUUAACAUCACUUACAAACAUGGAAGGCGAAGAAAGUUUUGAAGCAAGUUCGCUUGGAGAAGCAGCCGAAGUUAAACAAGAAAGAAUAUGUGAUGACGAACUCAUUCUUCUAAAAGGACCCAAAGCUCAUACUGCAAGCUCUAUUAUUCUCAGAGGUCCAAAUGAUUUUUAUUUAGAUGAGAUUGAAAGGUCCGUCCAUGAUGCAAUAUGUGUUGUUAAACGUGUCUUAGAGAGUAAAACUGUUGUAACUGGUGGAGGAGCAGUGGAAGCUGCCCUCUCAAUCUACCUCGAAAACUUUGCCACAUCUCUUAGUUCCAGAGAGCAGUUGGCAAUUGCUGAAUAUGCUAAAUCCCUACUUGUUAUCCCCAAAACUCUGGCAGUGAAUGCCGCAAUUGAUUCAACUGAUAUUGUCGCUAAACUUAGAGCUUAUCACAACACAAGCCAAACAAAGAAAGAUCACGCCCAUCUCAAAUGGGUUGGACUUGAUCUUGAUGAGGGCACUGUUAGAGACAACAAGAAAGCAGGUGUUCUUGAGCCUACUAUUUCAAAAAUCAAAGCUCUUAAAUUUGCCACAGAAGCAGCAAUAACUAUUCUCAGGAUCGACGAUAUGAUUAAACUGGACGAAGAAAAGAAGGAUCAUGGAGGGCAUGGCGAUAUGUAACUGCUUAAAUCAAGCACCACACCUUAAUUUUUUUUUUCUCUUUUUGUAACAUUUCACAUUUAAUUUGAGCAAGCGAA